UGCCUUGUAUUGGAUUGUGUUUGCGACUGGCAGUGCUGUCAUCAUCAAACCCGAGACGAGCUGUUUUAAGGUCGCAUUAUUGUCCUCUCUCUAAAGUCUCCGCAGUGCGCGGAACAGAAUGGCGUCCACUGUUGUAAGGACGUUUAGUAGGGCACUUCAGUUAAAUGCCAAAAGAAAAGCGAUCACGUUUUCCGGUGUGAGACAUAAGGCUACAGUGCAGUAUGCAACGCGUCCUGACCUGCCGAAGUUGGCCUACAGGAAAGUAAAGGGGAAGAGCCCAGGGGUAGUCUUCUUACCUGGCUUCGCCUCCAACAUGGGUGGACAGAAGGCUGAAGCCCUAGAGGAGUUCUGCAAAUCCCUAGGUCACUCCUAUUUGAGGUUUGACUACACAGGCUGUGGGUCUUCCGAAGGUGCAUUGGCAGAUUGCAGUGUUGGCACUUGGAAAAAGGAUGUUCUGUAUGUUCUCGAUGAGCUUGUUGAAGGCCCACAAAUCCUUGUUGGCUCCAGUAUGGGAGGCUGGCUGAUGAUCCUGGCAGCCAUAGCUCGUCCAGAGCGGACUGCAGCCCUGGUCGGCAUCUCAACCGCUGCAGAUCACUUUGUUACUGUCUUCAACACCCUUCCUAUAGAGGCAAGGAAGGCGAUUGAGGAGGAGGGCCAAUGGGUGGUCCCCACCAAACACAACGAGGAGGGCUCCGUCACAUUCACGGUGGACUUCCUGAAGGAGGCGGAGCAACACUGCGUCCUGCAAAGCCCCAUUCCGUGCACGUGCCCGGUCAGGCUCAUCCACGGGAUGAAGGACCAGGACAUCCCCUGGCACAUCUCCAUGCAGGUGGCCGAGCGCGUCCUGAGCACCGACGUGGACGUCAUCCUCCGCAAGCACGGCAAGCACCGCAUGACGGAGAAGGAUGACAUCAAGCUCAUCGUGUAUACCAUCGACGACCUCAUAGACAAGCUGACCACGCUGGUUUGAGAGGGCGGCGGGGGGGGGGGGGGGGGGGUGGUGUUGUUCGCCACAGGACU